AUGAAUUACGACAAAUUUAUCUUAUUUGGUGACUCAAUUACACAAUUUAGCAAUCAAAUAGUUGAUGGAUUUGCUCUCCAGCCUGCAUUACAAGAGACGUACAUCAGACGACUUGACAUUCUCAACCGUGGUUUUAGUGGAUACAAUUCAGAGCAUGCCAGAUUGAUUCUUCCUAAAAUUUUAGAGUCCGAAUUGAACGAAUCUAAGGAUAAUGUGAAGAUGAUGACAAUAUUCUUUGGUACCAACGACGGAUUUAUUGAUAAUAAUCCUAUUCAACCAGUGGAGUUGUCGAGAUACAAAGAGAAUAUCGCAUACUUGGUAGAGCUAGCAUUGAAGAACAACGUGAAACCAAUCGUGAUUGGACCGAGCUUGCACGAUCCGAAUAUUUUAGCUGAGUCUUCGGGUGGUGAGGUACAGACAGAAGUUGCUACAUGCGAAAGAUACUGGCACUAUGCUCAGGGCGCAAAGAAUGUUUGCCAAAAAUAUAAUGUUCCAUUCAUAGAUUUGUGGGAGGAAUUUAGAAACGACGGUGGCUGGACAAAAGAGCAAUUAUUUUCAUUCAGGAAGGAUUCCCCGGAGUCACAAGUUGGUUCAUUGGGUAGUUACUUGAAUGAUGGUAUCCAUUUCACCCCCAAGGCUUACAAAAUUUUGCACACUGCCAUCAUGAACACGAUUGAGCAACACUACCCAGAAUUUUUACCAGAGAGUUUACCCUACAAGUUGGCUUAUUGGGGAGACAUAGACCCUAAGAGUUUAAAAUCCAUAUUCAAAACAUAG